AUGGAGGUGCCUGCGGAGGCCGCGUGGAGGUGCCUGUACCCACACUCGGUGUCACACACAGUGUCACACUCGGUGUCACACUCGGUGUCACACACAGGUGUCACACACAGGUGUCACUCGGUGUCCCACCUGUCCCCACAGGCGCAGGCCGUGUGGAAGUGCCUGUACCCACACUCGGUGUCACACACAGGCGCAGGCCGCGUGGAGGUGCCGCGCAGCGUGACGGCGGUGCUGGGGCAGGACGUGGUGCUGCCGUGCCGGUACCGGGCGCAGGAGCAGGAGCAGGUGGUGCAGGUGACGUGGCUGAAGCGCGGCGCGGGCGCGGCGCCCGCCGAGGUGGCCGUGCUGAACCCGCAGCACGGUGAGCACGUGCAGGAGCCCUUCGCGGGGCGCGUGCUGCGCCACGGCCACGGCGCCCUGGAGGACGGCGCCAUCCUCCUGCGCAACGCCGUGCAGGGCGACGAGGGCGACUACGAGUGCCACCUCAUCACCUUCCCCAUGGGCAGCUUCGAGGGCAGGCUGACGCUCAGGGUGCUGGUGCCACCGCUGCCCAUCCUGAACCCGGGCCCGCCGCUGGAGGAGGGCCAGGGCCGGACGCUGGCGGCCUCGUGCACGGCCGAGGGCAGCCCGGUGCCGUCGGUGCGCUGGGAGACGGAGGUGCGCGGCACCAACGCCACGCGGCGCUCGGCCCACGCGCGCUCGGCCUCGGUCACCAGCGAGUUCUUCCUGGUGCCCGGGCGCAGCAUGAACGGCAAGAGCCUCACCUGCGUGGUGGCACACCCCGGCCUGCGCCACGAGAAGAGGAUCACGCACCUGCUCAGCGUCGCCUACCUGUCGGACGCGUCGGUGCUGGGCCACACGGCCGAGUGGCAGGAGGGGAUGGAGGGGGCGGCGCUGACCUGCCUGGGGGACGGCAACCCGCCCCCGACCUACAACUGGACACGGGUGGACGCGCCGCUGCCCGCGGGGGUCAGGGCCAAGGGGGACACGCUGCUGUUCCAGCGGCCCCUGGCCGUGGCCGACGCCGGCGACUACGUGUGCCGAGUGUCCAACCGCGUGGCGGCCAAGGAGGCCCGGGCCAACGUCAGCAUCCGGGGACGCGCCACAGAGGACACCGUGCGCCGCGUGGACCUGGUGUCGGCCUCGGUGGUGGUGGUGGGGGUCAUCGCCGCCGUGCUGCUCUGCGUCCUCGUCAUCGUCGUCGUGGUCAUGACCCUGUACCACAAACGCAAGACACAGCGCAUCUCCGAGAAGUACGAGGAGGAGCUGACGCUGACCCGGGAAAAUUCCAUCCGGAGGCUCCACUCCAGCCACGGCAGCGACCCCCGGGCGCAGCUGGAGGAGACGCUGCAGCUGCGGACGGAGAGCCGGCAGGGCAGCCUGCGAGGGGACAGCCUGCGAGGGGACAGCCUGCGAGGGGACAGCCUCAGAGGGGACAGCCUGCGUGGCACCAGCAUCUGCUCCGCCAUGAGCGAGGAGCCCGAGGGCCGCAGUUACUCCACGCUCUCCACGGUGCGGGAGAUCGAGACGCAGACCGACGUCCCCGUUGUCCCCGUCGUUGUCCCCGUCGUUGUCCCCGCGCCGCCGCCGGCGCCCGGCGGGAAGGAGCCCGAGGAGGAGGAGGGGGGCGGCGGGGGGGACCCCAUCAAGCAGGCCAUGACCCACUUCGUGCAGGAGAACGGGAUGCUGCAGGCCAAGCCCAGCUCCAACGGCAUCUACAUCAACGGCCGCGGCCACCUGGUGUGAGCCGGGCACCUGGGGACACCUGGGGACACCUGGGGACAGCCAGACCCCGCCCUGCGCCCACCCGGCUCUGCCCCCGCUGCUCCGGUCUCUGGGUGUCACCUCCCCGCUGGUGUGGGGCUGGGGACAAGGACAGUGCCCCAGGACUGUGUCACUUCCCCGCUGGUGUGGGGCUGGGGACAAGGACAGUGCCCCAGGACUGUGUCACCUCCCCGCUGGUGUGGGGCUGGGGACAAGGACAGUGCCCCAGGACUGGCUGCGGUCCCCAAUUGUCACCUCCCUGCUGGUGUGGGGUCAAGAUGGACUCUGGUCCCCAAUUGUCACCUCCCUGCUGGUGUGGGGCUGGGGACAAGGACAGUGCCCCAGGACUGGCUGCGGUCCCCAGUUGUCACCUCCCUGCUGGUGUGGGGUCAAGAUGGACUCUGGUCCCCAAGUGUCACCUCCCUGCUGGCACAAGGAGUUGGGGACACACCAAGCCCCAGGACAUUCUUCGGUCCCCAAGUGUCACCUUGCUGCUGGCACAGGCUUGGGGACAAGCCCCAGGACAAGCUCCUGUCCCCAAGUGUCCCCUCCCUGCUGGUGUGAGGUCAGGGAUGGACUCUGGUCCCCAAGUGCCACCUCGCUGCCAUCACAGGCUUGGGGACAAGCCCCAGGACAAGCUCCUGUCCCCAAGUGCCACCCAACCCCGUGCUGGGGACACUCGUGGUGACACCAGGCACCCCCCAGGACCCCCAAACUCCCCAGGAGUGAACGGGGCAGGAGCCCCCGUGUCCCCCCAACCACCCUGGGCUGUGGUGGCAGCAGUGACAGCUGUGUCCCCAUUGGGGCUCUGGUGACAGCUGUGUCCCCUGGCACAGUGGUGGCAGCGGUGACAGCUGUGUCCCCACUGGGGCUCUGGUGGCACUGGUGACAGCUGUGUCCCCAUUGGGGCUCUAGUGGCAGCGGUGACAGCGGUGUCCCCUGUCCCCGUUGGCACAGUGGUGGCAGCGGUGACAGCCGUGUCCCCUGGCACAGUGGUGGCAGCGGUGACAGCCGUGUCCCCAUUGGCACAGUGGUGGCAGCAGUGACAGCCGUGUCCCCGUUGGCACUGUGGUGGCAGCAGUGACAGCUGUGUCCCCUGUCCCCUGGCACUGUGGUGGCACAGGUGACAGCCGUGUCCCCAUUGGCACUGUGGUGGCACAGGUGACAGCCGUGUCCCCUGGCACAGUGGUGGCAGUGGUGACAGCCGUGUCCCCUGUCCCCUGGCACAGUGGUGACAGCCGUGUCCCCUGGCACUGUGGUGGCAGCGGUGACAGCUGUGUCCCGUGUCCCCUGGCACUGUGGUGGCACAGGUGACAGCCGUGUCCCCUCCCGCCGGGGGAGGGGCUGUACAGCCGUGUAUAGACCCUGUAAAUAAACAACGCGGG